AUGACACAAAAUAGCUUCGGUAAUAUUUAUGAAGGCGUGGCAUGUUCAACUUCAUAUUCUUCACGCAACGAGGCGGAGCUUCGUCAUCGACAAAAAAAUGGUUUUCGCUUGAAACGUUAUGCUUUCGUUGCUUAUAUAGAUCGUUUCUCAAUUCAAACAAAACACAAUUUCCCCAAUUGCCCGACGCUGAAUGAGAGAAAUAAUUUCACAAUAGAAUGGAAACGAUAA